AUGGAGGAAUCCGGUUCACUCGGGGAGGAACCGAAGGAGCGGCCGCAGACGAACGGAACGCUAGCGGACCCGGAGCCGGCACCGAACGGCCUCGACGGUCAUCCAGCGGCGGGGGCCGUUGCGACGGUGGUGAUGGUGAGCAGCAACGGGGAGGAGCGGUCGGAUACGAAUGGGCCAGUCGGGGAGAGCGCUAACUGCGCUCUAAUGAGGACCAAUUCCCGCCCGUCGACGGACGAUGGUAACCUGCUGUCACCGAACACGUCCCGCUCGAGCAUGUCCCAGUCGCAGUCCCCGACGCACCUUCAUCUCUCGCCCUCGCACCGCUCGCAGCGGGCCGACUCGACGGCCUGCUCGCAGGAGGAGCUGGACGAGAUCGGUGCGUUCUUCGAGGAGCACUCGGGCGCCAUCGAGCGCUGGUUCCGCGAGCGCGCCCCGACCGACGUCAUCAGCAAGCUGCAGUCAAUUACGACCGACGCCUCGAAGUCGCCGAGGUCGCCGCACCGGGCGUCGGUCACCUCGGACCUGUUCCAGCAGUGGCUGGCGUCGUCUCCAGUGAAGAAAUGCCGUUCGCCGACCUCCCGGAGUUCGAUCUCCAACCGAAGCCACCUGGCCGAUCUGGACGAGGGCGAGCUGUUCAUGGAGCUGAUACGGGACGUCGCCAACGAGCUCGACAUCGACGUGCUGUGCCACAAGAUCCUGGUCAACGUUGGGCUGCUCACGCACGCCGACCGCGGCUCGCUGUUUCUCGUCAACGGACCACCGUCCGGGAAGUAUCUGGUGGCCAAGCUGUUCGACGUGACGCAGAACACCCCCCUCGAUGAGGCCGUCCGUCGCGCAAAGCAGGAUGAAAUUGUGAUCCCGUUCGGCGUGGGCAUUGCCGGGACGGUCGCGCAAACGAACGAAACCAUCAACAUCAAGGAGGCGUACAAGGAUCCGCGGUUCAACAGCGAAAUCGACCAGAAGACCGGCUACAAAACGAACAUCAUCCUGUCCAUGCCGAUCUGCAACUACGAGGGGCAGGUCAUUGGGGUGGCCCAGAUCAUCAACAAAACCAACGGUUCGCCCGAGUUUACCGAGCGUGACGUGGAGAUUUUCCGCCGCUACCUGACGUUCUGCGGCAUCGGCAUCCAGAACGCGCAGCUGUUCGAAAUGUCCGUCCAGGAGUACCGACGCAACCAGAUCCUGCUUAAUCUCGCACGCAACAUCUUCUCCGAGCAGAACAACCUGGAGUGCCUGGUGACGAAGAUUAUGACCGAGGCCCGCGAGCUGCUGAAGUGCGAACGGUGCGCCGUUUUUCUACUCGAUCUCGACUGUGGCGAAGCGAAUCAUCUCGAGCGGAUAUUGGAGCGGCCGGAGAGAACUCAUCAAACCCUAUCCCGCCGGACGAGCCAUAACGUCGACGUGGAUGAUGUACUCCAGCAGCAGAGCUCGAUCUCGACGCGGUUCACGAUGAUUUUCGAACUCGGCAGCAGCAACCAGUCGUCGGCGAACAUCUGGCGGCCGUCGGUGAGCGACCUGAACAGCUCGAUGUUGGCCCAGAUCGCCGAGUACGUGGCCGCGACGGGCGAAACGCUCAACAUCAGCGACGUCGGCGAGUGGCUGAAGGACAAACCCAUCUGUCAUCGGCAGCCGGCCCAGCCGGGACCGCCCGCGGACGGCACCGUCGCCACGACGGCCUCCUUCGACGAAACGCACAGCGUCAAGUCGAUUCUCUGCAUGCCGAUCAUCAACGGUCAGAAGACGGUCAUCGGUGUCGCUCAAUUAAUUAAUAAGCAAAACGAUCUACAAUUUACCAACUGUGAUAUCUCCAUCUUCGAGGCGUUCGCCAUCUUCUGCGGGCUCGGCAUCCACAACACGCAGAUGUACGAGAGUGCCUGCAAGCUGAUGGCGAAGCAGAAGGUCGCGCUCGAGUGUCUGUCGUACCACGCGACCGCUAGUCAGGACCAGACGCUCAAGCUGGUCAACGAUACCAUCCAGACGGCCGAGGAGUACAAGCUGUAUAGUUUUAAGUUCAUCGAUUUCGACCUCGACGACGAUGACACAUGCCGGGCGGCGGUGCGGAUGUUCCUGCAGUGCAACCUGGUUCAACAGUUUCACAUUCCAUACGACGUCCUGUGCCGCUGGAUACUGAGCGUCCGGAAAAACUACCGUCCGGUCAAGUACCACAACUGGCGCCACGCGCUGAACGUUGCCCAGACCAUGUUCGCCAUGAUGAAGACCGGCAAGAUGGAGCGCUUCAUGACGGACCUGGAGAUACUCGGCCUGCUCGUCGCCUGCCUCUGCCACGACCUGGACCAUCGGGGCACGAACAACGCGUUCCAGUCGAAAACCGACAGCCCGCUGGCCAUCCUCUACACGACCAGCACGAUGGAGCACCAUCACUUCGACCAGUGCGUCAUGAUUCUGAACUCCGAGGGCAACAACAUCUUUCAGGCACUUUCCCCGGAGGAUUUCCGCAAGGUGAUGAAGGUGGUCGAGACGGCGAUCCUAUCGACGGAUUUGGCGAUGUACUUCAAGAAGCGCAACCAGUUCCUGGAGCUGAUCGAGAACGGCGAGUUCGACUGGCAGAGUGAAGAGAAGAAGGAAGUCCUGUGUGGCAUGAUGAUGACGGCAUGCGAUGUGAGCGCCAUUGCGAAACCGUGGGAGGUACAGCACCGGGUGGCCAAAUUAGUGGCGGACGAGUUUUUCGAUCAGGGCGAUUUGGAGAAACUGCAGCUCAAUCAGCAACCCGUCGCGAUGAUGGAUCGCGAGCGCAAAGACGAACUGCCGAAGAUGCAGGUCGGGUUCAUUGACGUCAUCUGCAUGCCGCUGUACAAGGUGCUGACGGAGGCGUUCCCCUGGAUUAGUCCGCUGUACGAGGGCACGCUGGACAACCGGCAGCACUGGCAGGACCUGGCCGAGAAGGUGGAGAUGGGGCUGACCUGGAUCGACCACGACACGAUCGACAAGCCGGUGGAGGAGUUUGCCGCUGGUAAGGAACCGUUGGCCGACAUUGAAUUCACCGUAACCACGCUCAACUGUGCGCUCCAUCCGGACGAGCGGACCGAAACGACCCCGGUACACGAGCGUAAGCCCCGUUUCAGCAGCCUCCGGAAGACGGGCGCCCUCGGGAAGGCCGUCCGAAACAAGCUGUCGAAGUCGGUGCACCACAACACCAACGCCGGGGAAGGUCGGCCACCGUCCAUUGCGUCCCAGUCCAGCGGUGGUGGCAAGGGCACGGCCGAAGACGGGGUCACCGGGGCCGGAAACGAGUCCUCACUCGCCGGAGAUUGUGGCGACCCGGCAACGGAAGUGCAUCAACAUCAUCCGUCGCAGUCGGUUCCGGCGACUCCGGCUAGUGGACUUCCGCCCUCGCAGCUGACAUCGGUCGGUGACGGGUCGGUUACGCCCGGCACUCAGCCACCGUCGCAGCCCCCGAAGCAUCCCACCAAACCGGUCAAAAAGCGCUCGAAGCUGUGCAUGCUGUUGUGACCCAAGUUUUACGCCGACUCCUCGGACGAUGGCGCCGGACCGGGUGCCACGGACACCGCCUGAACCACCCACCGGAAGCCACGCGUGUGUGUUGACAUUUGCCGUUUAGCAGUUUUUCGUGUUAUAGCGAAAACAAAAACUUGCCCGAUCCUAGGAUGAAUGGCACCUCCCACGAGGGGCGGUCAAGAUGGGCG